AUGCCCAUACCAGGCGACAUGCCGAUUCAGAUGCCUAAGCCCCAGUCGCAGCAUCGCCAUCACCGGGUGGAUGCACUGUGGGAUAACAACGCUGAUAAGUACCGUGUCGCCUGCAGAUCAGUGCAUGUGAUGAGGGCUACGCAAUUCAUUGGUUAUGGUCAACUACUGGUUAUCGGACUGUUCACCAUCACAUUGCUUUUCUUCUAUGGGAAACAGCUAAAUGGAGGACUUCCUGCUGAUCACUGGCUUGCCAAUGCAGGUGGACGCUAUAUCACAUCAUUGCUUACUGCCGUUUCUCUACAAUUAUCUCUGGUUUUGAUGAUGCUUCAUGGAGUUCGCUCGCAGAGACGGUCUUUUCUCCUUCCGUUCAUCAUCUUCGCAUCUUUUGCCGUUUUCCUUGCUUUUAUUCAGGUGUCAUCUGACCUCGUGGCUGCUUCGCAGUCGCGCGUAGGUGCUUCAUCUGGACCUCAGCUUCUGAGUCACGUGAUCGGAAUGUGUGUCCAUGUGUGGUGUGUGGCGGUAGUUUGGCGCUGCUACUGCUACCUUGGUGACAAGAAGGUUGCUGAGCAGAUCGGUGAACAGCUGCAAGCUACUUCCCUCGCGUUUGCUUACGAGUACACUCAGCCGCCACCAUAUGCUGAUACCAUUGAAAAGAGCCCGUUAACGAUCGCAUAG